GCUUUCUACUUCUUAUUUUGGUUUAAAGGAAAGUUUUAAACCCAUUGAUGAUAAGUAGAGGGACUUAAAGAUAUUAAAUUAUAUCUUGUGGCCAAAACGACGACGUCCUCCUAUCUGCAGAGGUGAGGUGAGGUGGGAUGAGAGACGGCAAGGGAAGGGCGGUGGUGGUCGGAGGAAGCAUAGCAGGACUUUGCUCCGCCCACGCGCUGCUAUCGGCGGGAUGGCAAGUGGUGGUGCUGGAGAAAACCACCGCUCCUCCUACCGGAAGUCCAACCGGCGCCGGCCUAGGUCUUGAUCCUUUAUCUCGAACAGUAAUCAAUUCAUGGCUUCCACAGAAACAAUCGGAUAAUCUUCUCAACAAUCAAACCUUACCCCUCACAAUCGAUCAGAAUCAAGCUACUGAUUCAGAAAAGAAGAUCACUCGAAAGUUGACAAGAGACGAAAGCUUCAAUUUCAGGGCUGCAUACUGGUCUGAUCUCCAUGGUCUCUUAUAUAAAGCACUACCUCCAGAUAUAUUCCUCUGGGGUCAUAUGUUCUUAUCCUUCCAUGUAUCUGAUAACAAUAAAUCUGUUGAGGUUCAAAGUCAAGUUCUUCAAACCAGCAAUGUUGUUAAGAUUGUAGGUGAUUUGUUAGUUGCAGCAGAUGGUUGUCUGUCUUCUAUUCGCCAAACAUUCCUUCCUGAUCUUAAAUUAAGGUAUUCGGGUUACUGUGCUUGGAGAGGGGUGUUGGAUCUUUCUAGUAACGAAAAAUCCGAAAUUUUUGUUGCACUGCAAAAGGUUUAUGCUGAUCUGGGGAAGUGUCUAUAUUUUGACUUGGGUUCUGGAACUCACAGCGUUUUUUACGAGCUUUUGAACCAAAGGAUCAAUUGGAUUUGGUACAUCAAUCAACCCGAGCCACAACGGAAGGGGAAUUCUGUAACGAUCAAAGUAAGCGACAAUAUGAUCAAGAAAAUGCAAGAGGAAGCAGAGAAAGUAUGGGUGCCUGAACUGGUGAGGGUCAUAAAAGAAACCAAAGAACCAUUCUUGAAUGUGAUAUACGAUUGCGAUCCUUUAGAACAGAUCGUUUGGGACCGUGUGGUGCUUGUUGGAGACGCGGCUCACCCGACAACACCCCACGGUUUGCGAAGCACAAACAUGUCUGUAUUGGAUGCAGCAGUUCUAGGUCAAUGUCUCAUGAAAUCCGGAGUUGAAAACUUAUCCGCUGGUUUAAAAGAGUAUCAGUCCAUUCGGGUUCCCGUCACCUCAAAGCAAGUUCUACAUUCACGAAGGCUGGGACGGAUGAAACAGGGUCUAGUUUUGGCUGAUGGGAAGGUUUUUGAUCCCAAAACUUGUAAUCUAGAAGAAUGCAGAGAUCUUCAACAGAAAAAUAUGCCGGGGUUUAACGACAUGCCUCCAGUUUUCAGUAGGAUAGCUACAAGUAAAUACUAAUUGAAACUGUACAAAGUUUUAUUGUAUUGAAAGCUGUAUAAUUAAGUUGGGGACAAUUCAUGAAUCCUCGUGGAUCAGCCUUAUUUCCUUCAUUCA